UCACACUUACGAUCGCAUCCUAAAAACAAGUAGAAAGAAAAGAAUCCAAACUGGCCAACAACAAGAGAGCUCCAGUUUCCUCUUGGCAAACAGUCACCGAGGGGAUUACGAUGGGAGCAAAAAUGCCCUCUUCGCAUCAGAGGUUUUUCAGCAUGCGAAACCCAUUCUCAAGAUGCGUCCUCUUCGCUGUAGCAUUGCUACUUCUACUAGCCGUCACGUGGAAAUCCGACCGCAUAGAAGACGUUAGUUCACGUAUCGUGAAAGCAGCAUCUACUCACAACAAGGGUGGCCUAUCCCAGCAGCCUAUCGGAGAAGGACAACAGGCGAAUAACCAAGAUGUCGCACCAGUGUCUAACCAUGUUAUGGAUUGCAGCAUCAACUCAACUCAUAUGAGUGAGUUGAAGUCGAAGUACGAACUCGGCGAGACGUUCCAGUAUCUAAAGCGAUACGUCAAGAUUAACCGCGAGCCUGUUGCCCGAAAGUCUAUCACUAAGCUUGGCCAGCAACUCCUUCCUAGUACCUUCGCUACGGUUGAUCUGCAGCACCCAAGCAACUAUGGAGCUGAAAAGUGCUCCGAGCCGCUUAAUGUCCCAGUUGCCCAAUCUCCUUUCCCCGCCACUGGUAACCUUUCCGAUUUCAUGUUCGGUGUGUCCACUACAUUCAAGAGAUUCAGCUCCGAGAAGACGAGCCCGGUCAAUGAGUGGACCUACUGGUUAACCGACGGUAGAGGUAACUCCAACGGUGGAAAGCUAAUUCUGCUGCUAUUGGAUGCAACUGAGGACCAGAUCCUGCAUGCCAAGACCAUCUUGCAUCACGCUGGAAUUGAUGUUGAUGUGUACCAUUCGGAUUCCUCCAUGGAAAUGGCUGUUCGCUACCUCACGCUGAUUCCGACUUUGUACAAUCACCCUGAACGACUAACAAAGAAGUGGCUUGUGUCUUGUGAUGACGACACUUUCUUCCCCAGUGUCCACGAGCUAGUUAAGAAGUUUGAGGUGUAUGAUCCCAACGAAAUGCUGUACAUUGGUACAUUGUCUGAGGAUGUUAACAAUGUUGACCGUCACGGCUCCCAAGCUUUUGGCGGUGCCGGCGUGUUCAUUUCCGUGCCUUUGGCUGGACAAAUCACUAAGGAUUAUGAGACCUGCAGAACAGACGAGAAGGUUCAUGAAUCGAAUUCUGGUUGGGGUCCCCAAGGUGAUAUUCUUCUCCGCAAAUGCAUCUACGAAAACACCGAUGUACGUCUCUCUAUUCUGAGAGGCUUAUACCAACUCGACUUGUACGGUGACCCAUCCGGUUUUUAUGAGUCGGGUAUCAAGCCCAUCUCUCUGCACCACUUCAAGGGUGGCGGAUGGCACUCUGCCCUACCCUGGGAGUACACCAAGAUCGCCCACAUUUGUGGCGAGGAUUGUACUCUCCAGCGUUUCCAGACCAGCGACAACUUCAUCAUCUCAACUGGAUUCAGUGUCGUUCAGUAUCCCCAGGGCAUCAAUUUCAACCUUGCUCAGAUGGAGCGAACCUUUGCAGCAGCCCCCCAGGACAAGGGCUGGAACUUGGACUACGUUUUCGACCCUCAGCGCCCUAGUCUUUUGAAGACAGGCCGCAAGAUAAGCUGGGAUCUCCAGGAAGCGAAUUUGAACGAGGACAACACAGUCACCCAAGUAUACGUUCGAAAAGCAGACGAUUGGCGGUGGGUUGACCGAAGCGGCGAACCAAUGGCGAAGCUUGACGGCAUAAUAGAACUUGUCUGGGUUCCGUAAGGGGCCGCUACUUAGUGCGAAACGAAUGAUAUAACGAUAU